CCACCGCCACCGGCCCUCGGCAGCCUUCACGGGAAGUUCGUGGUGAAAGCCCUGGGGGACUACAACCACCUCAGCCUGGCCGGCAAAGGUGCCCCGGCUGACAGCCCUGCCGGGCAGCCCUACAGCCCCCUGCCCAGGAUGUGCCAAAAGAUCAAGCAGGAGGCCGCCCCCUCCUGCCCCAUUGCCCAGCCCCACGGGGGGCCGCCGCCCCCCCACGACUUUGCCCUGGGGCGGCCCCUGCCCGCCAGGACUACUGCUGAGGAGAUGCUCGGUAGCAGAGACUGCCAUGCCUCCCCUCCGGGGCUAAGCCACCCCCCACUGCCGCCGCUGCCCCCCGGAUACCACCCUGCCCCCGGCUACCCGCCUUUCCUGCCCGAGCAGCUCCCGCCCGGCACCCUGCAGUACCAAGAGCUGAUGCCGCCCGGGAGCUGCCUGCCCGAAGAAACCAAGCCAAAGAGGGGGCGCCGGUCGUGGCCCAGGAAAAGGACCGCUACGCACACCUGCGAGUAUGCGGGGUGCGGCAAGACCUACACCAAGAGCUCUCAUCUCAAGGCACACCUGAGGACCCACACAGGAGAGAAGCCCUAUCACUGUGACUGGGAGGGCUGCGGGUGGAAAUUUGCCCGCUCUGAUGAACUUACUCGGCACUACAGGAAACAUACUGGCCAUCGCCCUUUCCAGUGUCAAAGAUGCGACAGAGCAUUUUCCAGGUCAGACCACCUUGCCUUACAUAUGAAGAGGCACUUUUAAUUGGAAGCAGUGGAUUUUUUUUUCCUAUACUGCCAUAAGAGAUUCAGUAUUCACAGCACAGACUGGCUUCCGCAGGAGGGAGUGACACAGCUAAAGCACUACAAGGAAUCAUGGUGAAGUCUUCCAAAGAGUGGGAAUCAACUGAUAAUUACACAUGUUGGAGCUCGCUCUCUCUCUCUCUCUCUCUCUCUCUUUCUCUUUCUCUCUUUAUCUGACUCUAUGGUAUAAUGGUUCGCACUCUGGACUUUGAAUUCAGCAAUCUGAGUUUAAAUCUCUUUUUCUGCCCUUUUUUUCUUUUUUUAAUAAAUUAAAGAAGAACAUUGGGGUCAAUGACUGGAUCUUCUAUCAUUCCAUUUGUAAAUCCAACUUGAAUUUUUCUGGACUACAAAAUGCCAACAAACGACUGGAAGUCAAGGCUAUCAGGGUUAAAGAGACUGCUUUUGGGCAGGGGUGGGGGGCGAUUACAUGGGGAGAUCACAUUCCCUUAAAUUUUGGCUCAAUGCAAUAUUAGAUGUAAAUGUCAUCUUGUAUUUUCUUUUUCCUUCUAAAAAGCCAUUACUAUGUUUAAAAGAGGAGGAAAAAAAUUCAGGUACAGAAUUUAUGUUUAAAAGCCUAUUUCAUGGUGCUUAGUGACUGUUGGUUCUAAAGGUACCAAAAACAGGAAGCCAAAGUUCUCAAACUGCUGCAUAUCUGACAAGGAAUUAUUUUUGUCUUCCGA